CUAGGCAGGUGUUGGAGGCCCUGCGAAACCCGCUGGCCGGUCUUUCCUCACGCGGGGGCGGGCACGACUCCCCAUCUGACGACCGUGCGCCAUGGUGCUGGGGAACUCGAAGGCCGGAAGGGAUGCUACCGCCUACUUCCGUACGGCCAGGCCGUUGCCCUCGCUGGUCACGGGGCUGGGGCUGGGAUACUUUGCGGUGGAGCGGGCUUGAGGUGGGAUGCAUGGAUCCAGGAAGUGACGCCAUCCACUUUAACUGCCGUCGGGGUUGUGAGGAGCACCACGUAGAGGCCUUUUCACCGCGGUUCCAGGUUGUGCGCUCGAUGUCUUCGUACGUACACAGAGUCUCUGACCUGGAAGGAGUGUGGCACAGUCACUUCUCCCGGCUGAUAGUUAGCAGACAGUUGCCGCCAGAUGUGCUUUUGGACCUUUUUCAAGGCUUUUAAUCUGGUGCUGCUCACUUGCUCCUGGCUUUGGAUACUCCUGGUGGCAUCUCCUUGCCUAAUGUUAAAUCUACAAUGUCACAUUUCCCAGACUGCAAAGAAAGGUUGUUUUAAAAAAAUAUUUAUUUUUCUUUAUCUGAAAGGCAGAGUUACAACAGAGGCAGAGACAGAGAAAGUCUUCCAUCCACUGGCUCACUCCCCUAAUGGCAGCAAUGACUGGUGCUGGGCCAGGCUGAAGCCAAGAGCCAGGAGCUCUUCCGGGUCUCCCACAAGGAUGCAGGGGCCCUCUUCUGCUGUUUUCCCAGGCAUAUUAGCAGGGAGCUGGAUCAGAAGUGGAGCAGCUGGGACUCGAACCCAGGGUCCACUGCGAUACUCCACUCGGUUUGGGAGUCCCUGUGAUGGGUGGCAGUGGCCAAGUCUUCUCAGGAACCACUUUCCACUGAGCUCUGGGGUUGCCCUACAGACGUCCAUGGCCGAUGCUUUGAUAGGAUUCAGUGUGACUUUGGGACAUUGUAGGAAGGGCAUGCAAAGAGGAAGAUGUGCCCCCCACCCCCACCCAUACUCUCCUGUGGAUCUGGAUCACACAGUCUGUAUUGAGGAAACCAUCAGCAUGUCUGUGGCUGCUGUUAAUCCACUGUGGUGGCGAUCGGACUACCAGGCUCACGAAGCUAUGAAGGACCUCGGUGGAGAUGGAGCACUUAAAAAUACCUUCCAAAUGUCCUAUAGGAGUUGAUUUUGACCACAUCUCAGUGGAGUCAAGGAAUAAUGCAUUUCUAAGGUACACUAUGUCCACCUGAAAAUUCUGCAAUACAACCAGCUGGCCAGCAGAACUCGCAGAGGAACAUGCAAAGGACCUACAGGGGAGGCACAGAGCUGACCAGGGACUGCCCCAAUACCCCAGCAGGCUCAACACCGCAGCUGCCCUGAACCUUUCACCAUGCUGUUCCUGGUUCUGGCUCCCUGCUGGAAGUAUUGCACUGUGCUGCACUGUACAGUGGGCCCCUUGGAGACUCCACACACCAGACAGAGUGAAGGUCUGGAAUAGCCAGACACAAAGUCCCAGUUCCCACCAGAAACAAUUCUUGGGCUUUUCUCUGCACAGGUUCAGAUGCAAGGUGCUAGAGCCAGAGACUCAGUGCCCGCUACCUCAGGCAGUCACUGGGUGGUGGCUGACAACCCAAGUGACCAGCACUGGACCUGACACACUUGCACACUUCCGGUCCCCAGUCCUGCUUUGAAAGAGGUCGCCAGAGAUGACUGGUUGGCUUUCCAGGGUUCUGGGCAGAGGGAGCAACUAUUUUUUGAGAAGACCCAAACUACAGGACUCAAAUGGCCACAUGCCCAGCCCCUCCAGCUUGGAGUAGACACUUCUCAUCAAGUCUAGAGCAGCUCCCCUGCCCCUCCAUAUAUCAGACAAAAGGGGUCCAUUUGCCUGAGGAGUCAACAAAUGUUCAGUCCCCCACGGCAGUUCAAAGGAGAGCUUUAUUGUGACAAGGAGACUGGGAAAGUACAGCUCCCUAAAACUACUGCCUCUGUGAGAAGCCGUUUUUGAGGGAUAAUCGAGUGAGGGAGUGGCUGGGAGAGAGGAAAAAGAGAAACAAGAGGGCCCUACCUGCUCAAGCAACCCACAGCAGCAUGCAUCUGUGUUCAGAACCCAACUCCUGCUGGGCUCUUGCAGCUCUCCAUGCUGUGAGAUCCAAUCCCUGGGGGUGCAGCAUGGCAGGAUCACCCUUCUAGGAAUAUUCUUGGGAAAACAAGCCAAGAGAAUAAAUUGUUAGAUGCUGUGCCCCUGCCCAUACCACUGCCCAUUGUCUAAAUCCUACUCUCUGAAUUACAGAGUUUUUUUAAAAGAUGUAUUUAUUUGAAAGGAAGAAUGAGAGAAUCAGGCAGACAGUCUUCCAUCCACUGGUUCACUCACCCAAAAGGCCGCAACAGCUUGAGUCAUCUGCUUUCCCAGGCCAUAGCAGCGAGCUGGAUCAGAAGCAGAGCAGCCAGAUUUCAAACCGGUGCCCACGUGGGAUGCCGGCAUUCAGGCCAGGGUGUUACCCACUGCACCACAGUGCCUACCCAGAGAAAUGUUUUUUCACAUUCCCCUACCGGGAGGCAGCAACAUGCACUGCUCAAGACCAGGGACCACACCCGUGGAGAAAUUGAAAGGACUCCAUGCAACCUGGGUCUUCCUCCAAACUUUUCUUCCAAGAGAAAAUUGGUGGCAAUAAAACACCAAGAUUAGAAGAUGUGAGUCUAAAACUUGAAAAUAACACAUUUUACAUACACAAAUCCUCUAGGAAUGAAAGCCCUAAUGGUACUUCAGAUGAUUUAUAGCAGUAAAUUUUAAACCCUAGAUGAAAUGAACUUAGAAUUAGAAAUCAUAAUCUCAAAAAUUACUCAAGGAAAUAUGAUAGUUUCUAAUGAUCUAUGAUGAGAUCAGGAGGCAAAAUCUCCCUAUAAUGAAUCUAUCAGAGCCGUCAUUGGAAAAUCCGAAUGUUUAAUGAAGGAUUAAGUGCGGUGUUGUACAAAAUUAUAGAAAAUAGUAAGAAAGGUAGUAAAACUGACUCCUUUAAUCCUAGUUUAACAUGAUACAAACCCCUACAAUAACUGCUAUUAAAAUCCCCAGUACAUGUCCUUAAGAAUAUAAAUCCCUAACAGCCACACACACAAAGGAUGUACAGUAUGAGCUACUUUCAUUGUUUCAAGAACCUUAGACUCCCAUGUACACAAUUGUAGUAUGACACGUAUCUGCUGCACUAUAAAACCCAACGCCAUGUCCUGCAGCCACAUUUCUAGUCCCAGAAGUUGGCACCGCUGGGUUCCUCUUCCAAAAUGUCCUGGAUUUCAGAACUGGGCAUCUCAGGCACCUUCCUGCUGCGUAUCUUGCUCGUGAGUUUCUGUUGGAGAACUGAGUACCCACAGAGCUGUGCUCACCACCUGCAAGAACGUGAGCUCUCCAUCACCUUGACGCUCUCCAGGCCGCUGCUGGGGCAGAGGAAAAGGAACCUUGUUCUCUGUGGUGUUUUGGUUCUGCUGCAUUAGAAACUGGUCCUGGGAGGGCAGCUCCUGCCAGUAAUCCGGAGGCUGCUGGGGCUGCUGAGGGUGAGUUCCCCAGCCAUUCUGCUGCCAUUCUUCACACAGUGGGUAAGGAAAACAGCUCUUCUGCUCCUGCAGCUGUUGCAUCGCUCCCUGAGCACUGGGAAUACCGGAUAGCAGAGAAGGCCAAUCAGGCUACAUGUCCCGCAUCUCAGACCUGGACCUCCCAAAAUACGAUGUAUAUGAAAAAGAAUGAAAAAACCUUGCUCCUAGUAAGCCACGGGGAAAAGAUCCACCUCCUAUGUUCCCUUGAUUCUCCAGAGCAUAGCUCGGUGCCUCUUGAGCACCUUGAACCCCAGAAUCCCAGGAGCCAUAGAGGGUGCUGGGAACCUCCCAUGUGGGUGGAGUGGAGUAGACAGCUCCGCCCAGCACAGCCGCCUGGGCAGCGUUGGGAGACUGCUCCUGGGCACAUGGAGCAGUGUAGACAGCUCCACCCAGCACAGCCGCCUGGGCAGCGUUGGGAGACUGCUCCUGGACACAUGGAGCCGUGUAGACAGCUCCGCCCAGCACAGCCGCCUGGGCAGCAUUGGGAGACUGCUCCUGGGCACAUGGAGCCGUGUAGACAGCUCCGCCCAGCACAGCCGCCUGGGCAGCGUUGGGAGACUGCUCCUGGACACAUGGAGCAGUGUAGACAGCUCCGCCCAGCACAGCCGCCUGGGCAGCGUUGGGAGACCGCUCCUGGACACAUGGAGCAGUGUAGACAGCUCCGCCCAGCACAACAGCCUGUGCACUAUUGGGAGACUGCUCCUGGACACAUGGAGCAGUGUAGACAGCUCCGCCCAGCACAGCCGCCUGGACAGCGUUGGGAGACCGCUCCUGGACACAUGGAGCAGUGUAGACAGCUCUGCCCAGCACAUCCGCCUGGGCAGCGUUGGGAGACUGCUCCUGGACACAUGGAGCAUUGUAGACAGCUCCGCCCAGCACAGCAGCCUGUGCACUGUUGGGAGACUGCUCCUGGACACAUGGAGCAGUGUAGACAGCUCCGCCCAGUACACCCGCCUGGGCAGCAUUGGGAGACCGCUCCUGGGCACAUGGAGCAGUGUAGACAGCUCCGCCCAGCACAGCCGCCUGGGCAGCGUUGGGAGACCGCUCCUGGACACAUGGAGCAGUGUAGACAGCUCCGCCCAGCACAGCCUCCUGGGCAGCGUUGGCAAACUGCUCCUGGACACAUGGAGCAGUGUAGACAGCUCUGCCCAGCACAGCCGCCUGGGCAGCAUUGGGAGACCGCUCCUGGACAUAUGGAGCAGUGUAGACAGCUCCGCCCAGCACAGCCGCCUGGGCAGCGUUGGGAGACUGCUCCUGGACACAUGGAGCAGUGUAGACAGCUCCGCCCAGCACAGCAGCCUGUGCACUGUUGGGAGACUGCUCCUGGACACAUGGAGCAGUGUAGACAGCUCCGCCCAGCACAGCUGCCUGGGCAGCGUUGGGAGACUGCUCCUGGACACAUGGAGCAGUGUAGACAGCUCCGCCCAGCACAGCCGCCUGGGCAGCGUUGGGAGACUGCUCCUGGACACAUGGAGCAGUGUAGACAGCUCCGCCCAGCACAGCCGCCUGAGCAGCGUUGGGAGACCGCUCCUGGGCACAUGGAGCAGUGUAGACAGCUCCUCCCAGCACAGCCGCCUGGGCAGCGUUGGGAGACCGCUCCUGGACACAUGGAGCAGUGUAGACAGCUCCGCCCAGCACAGCCGCCUGGGCAGCAUUGGGAGACCGCUCCUGGGCACAUGGAGCAGUGUAGACAGCUCCGCCCAGCACAGCCGCCUGGGCAGCAUUGGGAGCCCACUCCUGGGCACAUGGAGCCGUGUAGACAGCUCCGCCCAGCACAGCCGCCUGGGCAGCGUUGGGAGACUGCUCCUGGGCAUUCUGCAGGCUUACACCUGGGGUACCUUGGACAGGGAGUGCAUAUGGCAUCCUGGCUUCAAGCACUCUGUGUUUCUUCUUGGCUGGUAGCCUGGCUCUUUUAUUUUGGAACCAGUUCUAAAAAAGAAAGAGAAAUUACUUUUGAGUCUAUAUAUUCCACAGUGUAGGAGAAUUUUGUAGUUCAUCUUAGGAUCAGCGUCAUCACUGAUUUGCUUUGUGACCUUGAGUAAGACAUGAAAAAUGCAAGCACGCUUUCCUGUGUUAUUCCUGUGUUAUUAUAUUUAUAUAUAAUGUUAUUAUAUUUAUAAUAGGAGAAUGCAUUUAUAGUAAAUAUGAUAUGUAAAUGUAUAUAUAAAUAUACAUUUAUAAUAAUUAAAAUCAUGUAAUUGUGCACAAUUCUGGAUUCCCAUCUGCCUUCACAGGAGGCACGGGCCCUUGUGUAUGCGCAAAUCCCUGCUUUUCACAAUCUUCUACCAACCUAUUUGCACCCUCUGUAUUUAGACGUGAAGCAGUUGUUCUCAAAAUACGUUCCCUUAGCUUGCUUAUUUUACUCCAACUGCUUUUCCAGAAUGAAUUCCUAAUUCAACGUAUUCUAAAUUGUAUUCUAAAUUUCAUUUCUUCAAAGGCCCUACAAAAACAAACAAGAGUCUGCCAUAACUUAGCAGUAUUACUUCAUACCUUACCCUAAGUGUUUCAACUCUUUACAUUUUCUCUUUCAUAAAAAGAGUAAUUGGGGCCAGCGCUGUGGCGUAGUAGGUAAAGCCGCCGCCUGCAGUGCUGGCAUUGCAUAUGGGCACCAGUUCAAGUCCUGGCUGCUCCACUUCCAAUCCAGCUCUCUGCUAUGGCCUGGGAAAGCAGCAGAAGAUGGCCCAAAUGCUUGGGCCCCUGCACCCACAUGAGAGACCCAGAAGAAGCUCCUGGCUCCUGGCUUCAAAUCAACAUAGCUCCGGCUGUUGAGGGUGGGGGAGAGUGAACCAGCAGAUGGGAGACCUUUCUCUCUCUCUCUGUGCCUCUCCUUCUCUCUCUGUGUGUAACUCUGACUUUCAAAUAAAUAAAUCUUUUUCAGAAAUAACACAUACUGUACUUUUUAUAGUCACAUGCACAAUGAGAUGAAGAAGAAUUGGGACCAAAUGUCAACCCUGUCUUAUGUGAUGAAAUGCUGUUAAACUUUUUCAUAAUUACUUGCAUUUUUCUUAUUGCCCACAAAGACAUAUUCAUGUACAUAGCUACGUAGUUUAUGUACCUCGAUUGUGUAAUCCGGACAAUGGAGUUUGUUGGCCAGUUCCUCCUUGGUUGUAAAGUCGGGAUAUGGACUCUCUGCAAAUGAUUGAUUCAGUAUCUGCAGAUCAUCAGGUGUAAAUUUAUGGCGUGGUCUUCCUUGUCUUCUUCCAUGUUGUGUUUCUAUGUUGUCAUGACCAUCUCCUGAACAAUACAGAGAGAGAAAGCAUGAGAAUAUUAGCAAGAUCCAAAAAAACAAAAGACCUCUGUAACGGAAUAAAAUUUUAGAAAGGUGAUACCUUCCCUCUUACCUAGUCAUAAUAAAAUGAAUA